AUAAACCCUAGUUCCUUUGAAAUCUUAUAUAUAUAUUAUCUCCGUCUGGUGCCGCUGCAAGCCUAUUUCGCAAACAGCAAACGGAGCAGACAGUCAGAUAAGCAGAGAAAAUGGAGGCAGCCAGAACUGUUAAGGACGUUUCCCCUCAUGACUUCGUCAAGGCUUACGCCGCCCAUCUCAAGCGUUCCGGCAAGAUCGAGCUUCCUUCAUGGACUGAUAUUGUGAAGACUGGUAAACUCAAGGAACUUCCUCCCUACGAUCCAGAUUGGUACUAUAUCAGAGCUGCUUCCAUGGCAAGGAAGAUAUACUUGAGGGGAGGUCUAGGUGUUGGUGCCUUUAGGAGGAUUUAUGGAGGGGCUAAGAGAAAUGGAAGUCGCCCACGCCAUUUCUGCAAGAGUAGUGGAUCUGUUGCCCGUCACAUUCUUCAGCAAUUGCAGAAUGUGAACAUCAUUGAUAUUGAUCCUAAAGGUGGAAGGAGAAUCACAUCAAACGGUCAGCGUGAUCUGGACCAAGUAGCUGGAAGGAUUGCGGUUGCCAUCUGAGAAAUUUUAAGAGAGCUGUUGUCGAAGGCUGUGUUAAUCAAUUUUCGUGUUGGUAUAUCCGCUACGUGGGAAUUUUUUUUUUUUAAAUUUUAAUUUUAGAAUCCAAUGUGGUUGGUGUUUAACUAUGACCAUGAAUUUUGAAUUCUAAUGGAAGAUUGUAUGGUGAAGUUGCCCUUCUGCAUGUUUACAGUUUUCAUUCUCACUGGAUUGUCCAGCACUGAACACUUAGUUCUGAUUCAGUUUUGUGUUUUAAAGUAAUCUAGGUCGUUUAAUUAGUAAGAAUUUAGCUUUUUCGACAAA